AUGGUGCUGGCGGCGGCGGACAGGGCGGCGCUGCGCGCGCUGUGGAAGAAGCUGGGUGGCAACGUCGGCGUCUACACGACCGAGGCCCUGGAGAGGAUGUUCCUGAGCUUCCCCUCCACCACGACCUACUUCCUCCACCUGGACCUGAGCCCCGGCUCUGCCCAGGUCAAAGCCCACGGCCAGAAGGUGGCCGAUGCGCUGACACUCGCCAUGGACCACCUGGACGACCUGCCGUGCACCCUGUCGGCUCUGCGCCGCCUGCACGCGCACGAGCUGCGAGUGGACCCCACCAGCUUCCAGCUUCUGGGCCACUGCCUGCUGGUGACGCUCGCCCGGCACUUCCCCGGAGACUUCAGCGCCGCCCUGCAGGCCUCGCUGGACAGGUUUCUGAGCCACGUGAUCUCGGCGCUGGCCGCCGACUGUGGCUAAACCGGGGGGCGGUGGGCGCGGGACCCCCUGGCCGCCCCUCCCGCGAGUUCCAGUGUUUGAGUAAAGUCCCCGAAAGCAAGCCUGUGUGUGUGCAUGUCCUCUCGGGCCCCACGGGGUGGGGUGCUGCCCCCCAGAGGAAGGGGGGAUCUGGGAGACCCUGAGCCGCACACCCCCCUUGUUAGGUCCGGCACGCCCCAGGCCCAUGUCCGCUGCACUGCUAGGCCGUCGAGGGGAGGUCCGGGUCGCCCCCACUCCCCGCGGCGCGAGGCGAGUUUGGGAAAGCGGGUCCUAAAUCCCAUACCGUAACCCCCAACCCACCCUGCCCUUGGCCGCGGCCACGUCGAGGCGC